CUGUUAAAUUUACCGAGCAGUGUGUAAUAUUCGCGCACCCUCAGUGUAACCCGAGUGGAGCGAUUUCUGCUGGAGGAAAAAAACAGUCAGGAGUGAAACGAAGAACCUCUGCUCUUCUUAAACUCCUCUCACCUCGACGCCUUCAGCAGAGCUUCAGAGCGCAGCACAGAAGAUGGCAUUCUACCAGCAGGAGCCCUUCUACAACCCUAGAGUACCCUUUACUGGCUCUAUUCAAGGAGGUCUGCUGGAGGGAAAGAGUAUUAUUAUAAGUGGACGAGUCUUGCCAGGAGCCAACAGGUUCCAUGUGAAUCUUCAGUGCGGUUCCAGACAUGGAGCAGACGUUGCUUUGCACUUUAACCCCCGUUAUGACAGCGGGUCUGGAUACAUAGUGACCAACACCUUACGGAAUUCUCAGUGGGGCUCAGAGGAACGGAUACAUAAGGCUGUGUUGCCUGCUGGUGGGGUUUUCACCCUGCAGAUAAUGGUUGAUCGGGCCUCGUACAAGAUAAGUGUCAAUGGUAUGCAUGUCAUGGAGUACAACCACCGUAUCCAACUCAGUAUGGUGGACACUAUUGUGGUGGAUGGAAUGGUGGAAGUCAAUUCCAUUGCGUUCCAAAACCCGCACUUCUUUCCCCAGCCAUGUGUUCCAGGGAUUAUGCCUGGCUUCGCACCAAUGCAGUCCCAGUAUGCUUAUCCUGUGGGCACUGCAAUGCCUGCGUAUCCCGCUGCUCCAGUUUUUAGCGUUCCUUACAAAUCUGUAAUCGCUGGUGGAUUACAGCCUGGCAAAAACAUUACCAUCAACGGAGUGGUUAACCAUCAGGCUCACCGAUUCUCUUUUAACCUGCGGCACAUGGGUGGAGUGGCCCUACACUAUAACCCUCGCUUUGAUGAGAACACAGUAGUGCGCAACACCCUAACGGGGGAAAAGUGGGGCUCAGAAGAACGCUUUGGAGGAUUGCCUUUUAACAGAGGACAGCCUUUCCAGGUGGUCAUCUCCUGCAAUCCCCAUCAUUACAAUGUGUUUGUCAAUGGCAAUCAAGCACAUACUUACAACCACCGCUUCACCAGGCUGCAUGAGAUUGACGUCCUGGAAAUUUCUGGUGACCUGACCUUGACCUCUGUAAUGGUUUAGUCAUUAAUUGUUGAGUUGAAGAUCCUGUGUAAUCGUUUUCAGAUCACAGUUUGUUACAUUGUAUUUGUUGCAUUAGAAAGCCAUACAUUUAGUACAGUUGUGUAUUGUAUUGUAUAACAAAUGUAAUCUUGCUCAUUUUAGAUUCUAGGGUAAACGCUUCACUGUCUCUAGUCACACAGAUCAGUUAUCACAUAUGCUUAUGCUUAAAUGUGCUUCUUUUAUGCAAUACUUGUACGUGUCAGUAGAGGGUAGUAAGUAUAAGUUUUAAAAGAACUAGUUGCUGCUUU